AGGUUCAGAGACAGACUGAUGCUGGAUCAUCAGACUGGAUCUCUGACCAUCACCAACGCCAGAAACACAGACUCUGGACUUUAUGAAGUGGACAUCAUCAGGGGCACGACAAGAGAGACCACACACAGAUUCAAUGUUAGCGUCUAUGGUGUGUUUCCUGAUUCAGUGAAGUCAGUGUCGGUGAUGGAGGGAGAGUCCGUCUCUCUACAGACUCACACUGAACUAAAGACAAAUGAGCAGAUAACAUGGACAUUUGGACUUUCAAGAACUGAAAUAGCUGAAAUCAGUGAAAAAAUAAAAAUGUUCUCCACUUACGAUGUUCUCGACGGGAGGUUCAGAGACAGACUGAAGCUGGAUUAUCAGACUGGAUCUCUGACCAUCACCAACACCAGAAACACAGACUCUGGACUUUAUGAAGUGAGCGUCGGCAGCAGAAAGAGCACGUACAGAUUCAAUCUUACCGUCUCUGGUGUGUUUCCUGAUUCAGUGAAGUCAGUGUCGGUGAUGGAGGGAGAGUCCGUCUCUCUACAGACUCACACUGAACUAAAGAAAAAUGAGCAGAUAACAUGGACAUUUGGACAGCCAGAGAUUUGUGUAGCUCAAAUCAAUAAAGACAAUGGAAGACUCUCCACUUACGAUGUUCUUGACGGGAGGUUCAGAGACAGACUGAAGCUGGAUUAUCAGACUGGAUCUCUGACCAUCACCAACACCAGAAACACAGACUCUGGACUUUAUCAAGUGACCGUCGGCAGCAGAAAGAGCACGUACAGAUUCAAUCUUACCGUCUCUGACUCUUCUGUCAUUGGUUGUGAUUCUGCUGAAGCUGUGAUCCGAUUGGUCGUCUCCGCUCUGAUGGGCGUGGCUGCGGUCGCUGCGGUUGUUGUUCUGGUUUAUGACAUCAGAUCCAGAAGAGCUGAACUGCAUGUUUCACCACAAGAAAAAUAGAAAUACUCGCUUCUUUAUUCCACUUCCUCAAGGACCAAAUCUGAACAGCUCAAAUCUUAAGACGUUCACAUGCACUCAGCGUUUGAUAUGAUCACAGAAGUAUUUCUUGUUCCUGGCACAGAUAUUCAAUAUGUUUGUAUUCACUGAUUGGGUUUAUAUGAAAAUUAAUGGGAAUAAAAUAUAAGACGGCACAGUUGUAUGCACAGAGAAACUCUGAAAUCUCUUUAGAGUAAUAAUGAUCAGCUUUUUUUGAGGAAGCUGUGGCUCACUGGAGCUCCAAGCGUUUUUAUGAUUUUGUUUCUUUCUUCAGAUGUAGUGUUAAAAAAAAAGAGUUUUCCAUUUAUAUUGAGUGUAGUGUGUGUGUUUGUGAUUGUAACUGUGUUUUUA